AUGGAGCCUGGGGUGCAGGAUCCAGGAUUGAGCUCCUCUGAGGAUGAGAGCCCCUCUCUAGCGAUCAGGAGCCCCACCUUGAGAAAGCCCCUGAAACACAGCACCCCUGAGGAGGCAGCCCUGGGCUGGAGCCCAAGGUCAUCAGGAGGUGCCUCCUAUCUCAGUGGGUCCCCAAUGCCUGCACACUUCUCUCAGGUCCUUGCGUCCCACCCAGCAGGGGUCAGCCCUCCAGCCACUGUCAGGAAAAUGAGGCUUUCUACUAUCUGGGCCUCCAAGGAGUCCAGCUUGGAUCUCUCAGCUCUUGGGGAAGAGCCACCCACAUCAGCCUCAUUAGCCCAGCAGCAGCAGCAGCAGCAGGAAGAGUCCCUCCGGGCAAAGAGCUGGCCACAAAACCCUGGAUUGCCUGGGAUCCUGAACACAACUGGGAGGAAGAGACGAGACCUGAAGAAGCGGGCAGCUGCGAUGGAGCGAGUGCGACAGUGGGAGAUCUACGUGCUUCAGAACAUCGAGGAAGCCACCCAGCACGAGCUCACCAUCGAAGACGACUGA